AGCCGCUCUUCGCGUACCGCGGGGCCUCGGGAUCGGGAGCUGCUUUUCAAAUCAAAGCAUAGCCCCUGAAUGGAAUUUCAGUAUUUUGCUGUCAUUCUGAUGUUUUCAUCUGGUCUUCAUCAGUUCUGCCAGACACUUCCUGCGAGGAUGGGGGCAGGAGCUCUCGCCGUCUGUCAAAGUAAAGCUACAGUUCGGCUGAAAGAAGACAUGAAAAAGAUAGUGGCGGUGCCACUAAGCGAGCAGAGGAAUUCUUCUACCUAUAAGAAGUUAUUCGGUGUCAGCCUCCAAGACCUUCAGCAGCAGGGACUCACUGAGAACGGCGUUCCGGCCGUCGUGGGGACUAUAGUGGAGUACUUGACAAAGAAUGGACUCACCCAGGAAGGCCUUUUCAGGGUGAAUGGCAAUAUGAAGGUGGUGGAACAACUCCGACUGAAGUUUGAGAGCGGAGUGCCCGUGGAGCUGGGGAGAGAUGGCGACGUCUGCUCAGCAGCCAGUCUGUUGAAGCUCUUCCUGAGGGAGCUGCCUGAGAGUGUGAUCACCUCGGCCUUGCAUCCUCGAUUCAUUCAGCUCUUUCAGGAUGACAGAAGUGAUGCUCAGGAAAGUAGCUUAAGAGACUUAAUAAAAGAGCUGCCAGACACGCACUAUUGCCUCCUCAAGUACCUCUGCCAGUUCUUGACAAAAGUAGCCAAGCACCAUGUGCAGAAUCGCAUGACUAUUCACAAUCUCGCCACUGUAUUUGGACCCAAUUGCUUUCAUGUACCACCUGGGCUUGAAUGCAUGAAAGAGCAAGACCUCUGCAACAAGAUAAUGGCUACAAUACUAGAAAAUUACAAUACCCUGUUUGAAGUAGAGUACACAGAAAAUGAUAACCAGAGGCGUGAAAACCGAACGAAGCUUAUCAUAGUAAAAGAGGCCAGUCGUAAGAACUCUAUACCCAUCCUUCUAACAGAAGACUUAGAGAGAGACUCACAAAAACCAUCUCCAAAAACCAAGAUCCCAAAGUCCAAGAGUGAGGGAUCUAUUCAGGUCCACAGGGUACCACAACCAGAGCUAUCUGAUGGUGUUCCUCGAGUCAGCCUGCGGCUAAGUCGUAGAAAACCCUGCUGGGAUGACAUGAAUUCAGCAGAGGACACCAGUGGGGCCAAGUUGGUAUCCAGUUCACAGGAAGAUGAAAGACCUCUGUCACCCUUCUAUUUGAGUGCCCAUGUAUCUCAAGCCAGCAAUGUUUCGGCCACAGGAGAACUCUUAGAAAGAACCAUCCGGUCGGCUGUAGAGCAGCAUCUUUUUGAUGUUAACAGCUCCGGAGGCCAAAGCCCAGAGGACUCAGAACCUGGCACAUCCCCAGCUCCUUCCACUGCAUCCGCCAGGCAGCGACGUCGCCAAUCCAAGGAACAGGAUGAAGCUCGACGUGGCAGAGACGUGGGACUUACCAACAAAGAAAAUAUUCCUUCUGGCUUCACCCACCUUGAUGAUUGUAUUUUGAAUGCUCAGGAAGUGGAAAAUUUACAUGAAAAUACUUCUGGUUAUAUUGGAGAGAGGAGCAAACCUAAACGUCAGAAAUCCAGUUCCAAACUUUCUGACCUCAGUGAAAAUCAAGAUGAUCUUGUGAAUAUGGAAAGUCUCAACUCCACACCAUCUCAUGAGAGGGCUAGACCUGUAGAUGUCGAACUGAUGUCGGAUAACAGCAAAGAAAAUGAAAAAGACAGUGGGCACACCCAGCGCUUUGAGAGCCCCACGAUGAAGAUCCAGGAGCACCCCAGCAUCCCUGACACCAAACUGCAGAGGACCCCCGACGCCGACCCCCAGCAGGACAGCUUCGCCUCGGAAGCGCCCCAGCUGGACCUGACCGCACUGUGCGAUGAGCAGUGCUGGGCAGAGCCCACGCCUGCCUUGUCCUCGCACCAGCAGGACAGCGUGGACGAGGACGACGCGGGCCUCUCCCCGCCGGCCGGGCGCCUCAUUCGCCAGCUUCUGGAUGAAGACAGCGACCCCAUGAUCUCUCCUCGGUUCUACGCUUACGGGCAGAGUAGUCAGUACCUGGACGACACAGAAGUGCCUCCUUCUCCCCCAAAUUCCCACUCUUUCAUGAGGCAACGGAGCUGCUCGCUGGGGUCCUACGAUGACGAACACGAGGACCUGACACCUGCCCAGCUCACGCGCAGGAUCCAGAGCCUGAAGAAGAAGAUCCGGAAGUUUGAGGACAGAUUUGAAGAAGAGAGGAAGUACAGGCCCUCCCACAGCGACAAAGCAGCCAAUCCAGAGGUUCUAAAGUGGACAAAUGACCUUGCCAAAUUCCGGAAACAACUCAAAGAGUUCAAACUAAAGAUAUCUGAGGAGGACCUGACCCCCAGGCCGCGGCAGCGAAGCAACACACUCCCCAGGAGUUUCGGUUCCCAGCUUGAGAGAGACGAUGAGAAGAGGCAGGAGGUGACAGACAAGGCCAUGAAGCCCAGCGUCGAAGCGACGCUGGACUGCAUCCAGCGGAAGCUGCAGGAGAAGCGGGCGGAGACCAGCCGGCCGGAGGACAUCGAGGACAUGACCAAAGACCAGAUUGCUAACGAGAAAGUGGCUCUGCAGAAAGCUCUGCUAUAUUAUGAAAGCAUCCAUGGACGGCCGGUAACCAAGAAUGAACGUCACAUUAUGAAGCCGCUCUAUGACAGGUACCGGCUGGUCAAACAGAUCCUGUCCCGAGCCAACACCAUACCCAUCAUUGGUUCCCCUUCCAGCAAGCGGAGAAGCCCUCUGCUGCAGCCAAUUAUCGAGGGUGAAACUGCUUUCUUCUUCAAGGAAACAAAGGAAGAAGAGGAGGGUUCCGAAGACGAUAUCAACACGAGGCCGGACUUCACGGACACUCUGAAAACCCAUUUCAGCGCCCGUUGCUUUCUCGACCAGCUUGAGGAUGAUGCCGAUGGGUUUAUUUCCCCAAUGGAUGAUAAAAUACCAUCAAAAUGCAGCCACGACACCGGGCUUUCAAAUCUGCAUGCUGCUUCGAUACCAGAACUCUUGGAACACCUCCAGGAAAUGAGAGAAGAAAAGAAGAGAAUUCGAAAGAAGCUUCGUGAUUUUGAAGACAAUUUCUUCCGACAAAAUGGAAGAAAUGUCCAGAAGGAAGACCGCACUCCUAUGGCCGAAGAGUACAGCGAAUAUAAGCACAUAAAGGCGAAACUAAGGCUCUUGGAAGUGCUCAUCAGCAAGAGAGACACUGAUUCCAAGUCCAUGUAAGGGGGCAGCCGAGCUCCAGCAGAGGGGGCUGGCGAUGCACCGUGAAUCUGCAUCCCCCGGGGAAGAGCAGCUCUGCAGAAACUGGAAGGCAGCCUCAGAGCUGGACGCAAAGCAUGGAGCACCUCUGCCUCCAGGCCUUUGGGAUGGGCUCUGGUUUCCAGUGCCUCUCUUAGCAGCCACCUAGAUAGAAGAAGGCAGCUGGUCCUGACUUGGGAAUUUUGUAAGGGAAGGUUAAGAUUCCUGCACACGUGCACACACACACACACACACACACACACGCACACACGGCUGUGGAAGCUGUACUAACACUAGCGGUGAUGAGUCACUACAUGGAGACACUCAUCCGCGGAGAAUGUCCACUGUUCUUCCAUGGAUCACUAAGAAACAGGAGACCAUUCUCAGUCCAAUGGGAUGAAAACCAGCUCAGGACUUCAUAGAGCAAACUUGCUGUGCAGGUCCCUGUUCUCUUUGGACCCCAUAAAGUGGGAAUGUGCAUUGGAGCCCUAUUUGCUGCCUUGGCCAUUCCUGUGACCUUUCUACAGAGCUGCACCUUCCCCUACUCGUGUGAAUUGUUUCCCGCCAGCUCUCAGGUAGAUGGAAGCUGUGUCUGCCCAGAACGGGCAUCUGUUGGACAGCGUGCUUUCAAGACUUCUUCAGCUAACGAAGAUCCCUGUAGGACUGGAUCAUCGGCACAGGGCAGAGUAUACAAGGAACUAUAUUCACGCUGAUUUUUAAAUCAGGUAACAGGGUGAAGAGCCUAGAGAAUCCUUUCCUCAACAUUGACAGCACUUACCAGUCUCAGAUUUUAACAUCAGACACUAAGCAAGGCCAGCAUGCUAUGGCAACGCCUGUUGGGGCUGGUUUCAUUUUGGCACUAACCAAAUGUAAAGGGCCUUGCUUAAUUCUUAGCUGAAGCGUGGAGGAUCAUAAAAGAGAGAGGGGGGAGAGCACCUGUGUUCUCAGCCACCUGAGUACUUACCAGAGCUUAAUUUUUUUUUUUUUUUUAAGCAAACCUGCACUAAAAUCCCCUACCUGAGGGGUAAAUGUAGCCCUUGGAUCUCGACCCAAGGCAGAAUCUAAAUCACACUAUUUUCAAGAUUAUGUGUAAAGUGAACAAAUAAUGUUGUGUAGCCAAUUGUGAUUAUAAUUUUUUCGAAGACUGUGUCACAAAGCUGUCUAUAUUAGACAUUACGGAGGGACCAGGGAAUUUAAGACACCAAAUCAUUCAUCUCCUCAGUGUGCUGACAUCACCUCGUGACUUGUUGUUACGUCUUAACCUUUUCUGUCCACACCAGGGAAAGUGGGCUCUGGUUCUCCCUGUGCGUCCUGGGUGCGCCUCUGUGCUCUGAGGUCGGGCAGGUGGCCACACACCAGCCCGUUGCCAGAAGGCGCUUUGGCAGCUCUACCCUUUAAAGACAGUGUUGCAGGUUGAGCAAGGCCACAGGGUAUGCCCACCUCUAUGGGGGGGAGCCGGUAAGAAGACGAAAAGAAAGAACGGAAAACUCUACUGACCGGUUGUCAGUUUCUAGCCCUGGGUUCUUGAGAAACUGGUCAGAUUGGAUUUAUAGUAGCAUUUUUCCAUUGCUGAAGUGAGGGGGCAGCUCUGUCGGUGGAAAAUUGUUUAAGUCGGGAGUGGGUGAGAGAAAUGUUUAUGUAGAAGCAUGAGCAAUGUGUUAGAAGUGCCCUGGUUUAAUCCACACACUUAAAGAUGGUACCUAAUCCUACAAAUGUAAAUGUAUAUGAAAAUAUAGUUUGGUAUUCUUUGCUCUACUGUUUACAUCGCAGAUUGCUAUAAUUUCAAGGAGUUAUAAAUAAAAUGAUGCACUUUAGGACGUUUUCUAUUUUUGAAAUCUGAACAUGAAUCAUUCACAUGACCAAAUAUUGUAUUUUUAAAAGAAACACAUGUCUAGUCUGUUAUUUGUAAGUAAUUAUUCUCUUAAAUAAGCUACAAUGUAAAUCAAAUCAUUACCAGCUAACCUUUAAAGCACAUCUGUUUAAGAGUAUUGUUUGGAAAAUACUAACGUGCUGCGGAAUUUAAAGAGAGGAAAAGCUAUAUAAAUGAGAAGUUUCUAAAUGUUUUGAAAUCUAUUGUUUCUGCCAAAGGUAAAUUACGUCAAAGAUUCCUUCAGGAAACCCCAUUCAAAUCUGUAUGAUUGAAUAAAACCAAACACCAAGUACAGUACAAUAAAUUGUGUAUGGAGCGUCGUGUUUUCCUUUGGAACUUCUGAUAAUCUGUACACUCCGUCGAAUGGCGCCCGAUUAAGCGGGGGAGCCCUAUUUACUCGAGAUCCUAUCUGAAGACCUGUUAGCCUAGGCCCGCCGCCAGAGUGCUGAGGGGAAUUUGUUUCCACAGCAACCAUCUCUGUAGCCCGGGGUCCCUAGGCCCUGGAGGCGGCAUCGUAAUCGGCUUCACACGGAAUACUCUGGGCUGGGUUUUUUUCCUUUGCUCUCUUGGGAAUGGGCGUGUUUAUUACCACAUGCCAACGAAAUAAAUGUCAAGGGUUAUUUAUUAACAAUAAGUAAAGGUAAAACAUGAAUAAACUUGAUUGUGCGGUUGUAAGAAUUAAAGAUAGAAGAGGCUUGUAAUUUUCAAAAGCAUUUGCUUUUCUUGGGCUUCGUUUGAGUAAACAUUGAAAUAGGUGUUUAUAUGAACUACGGUAUCAUUACUGCGUUUCAUCUUUGAAUCAUUUAUUUCGGAUUUCACUUUCUGGUCAUGUAAGCACAAGGUUUAGUCUGAAGGGCCUGCUUAGACGUUUUCGAGGCAGCCCAAGUUUUCUUGAGCUAUUAGAAGAAAGCCGGCCCAGUCUGUGAUCUCCGAGUCAGGGCAAAUUUCCACGAAAGACCAAACCAAGUUAGAUUUCCCCUUCGGGUGCCAGCUUGCAGUCAGGGUUAGCACUGCCGAGGCGGGGGUCGGCAGUGUCUCUGUCUGUGACAUCGGUGUAAUUUUUGCUUUGUCUCGUUCUGACGCAGCAUGGCGCAGUGGCAGAAGAGCCUAUUGCAGGGUGUUUCGGCUCCCAGGUGAGGCAUUUCCAGCCCCGCACAAAUGCCUCAGGGCAGUCCUUGUGUCAUAAAUGUGACACUGAGAUGUUCUGAGGCCAGCAAACUUGGAGCCCCUGGGGGCUGAGCGUUGGUUAGCGUGAUCGAGCUUGGGAUUCCUUAUAAGGUGAAUAUUUAAGUUUAUUACAGAAUCAAGGUGUGGCCAUGGUGCCAAUUAAUUUGGUUCUUUUUGGGGCUGCCUAGGUCUCAGCAGACGGAAUUGGGCCCAGUAUCUAGAACCUAUCACAGAUUUACAAGCAAAAUCCAACUUUAAAGUUUGCUGAUUGUUUUAGUGCUUCCUAAUCUGAUCAUGAAGAUGCCAUUUUUAAGGGUCACACCUUACUACUUUUGAUGGUGUAUUAAUUGAAUGCCAUAAACUAUGAACCGUGUAGUCUGAAUUCUAUUUUGCUCCCAAGAGGGGUCUCCCUGACACUCUGCUUCCUGGGAUUUUUCCCCAGAGGUGGGGAGUGGUGGUUUCUGCACCAAGACCAACACUCCCUCCGCGUUCCUUUUCCGUGUCCACUUGGUUACAUCAACAGGGAGGGACAAAAUUGUGCUAAAUUGUUGAAGCCGUGUUUCUUCUGAUGCCCACGUGUUUCCCAAAACCCAGAACGUGCUUUUCUUUCCUUUUAUUCCCUUCUUUUAUUUUCCCCCCACUUGACCCUUGAAAUGUCAAAUUGUGAGCACUGGCCCUUCGUCACAGGGCGGCGACAGGGCAAGCUCCUCAUGUCAGCCCUCGUGUCCCUGAUCGCUUUCCUGAGGAGAGAUUGUGCCCCUCCGGACACCCGCGUUCUUCCACCGCCGUCCUUCACGACAGGUGUAUGUGGACCGGCUGAGGUCGCUCACAGGUUUACAUAGAUGUGGGCGUGAAGUGCACCCGGCACACCCACAACUUCACGCUGCCCCGAAGCUGCAGCUGCGUCUCUGGAGAAUCUCAUCUUGCCUGGAAUCAGGCCAGUCGUCGUGUGCGUGGCUCGAGAAACUGUGCUGGCAGAUCCGGUUCUCCAUCUGCAAGCACCUCUCCGGUCAUGAAAAUCUCUACGAGUGGACACAAUUUUGGUAAAUCAAAUGGGCCCAGGACAACGUUUACAUGACAUGUAAGCAGAAAGAAUUUGAAAUUGGAAUUGUCCUUUUUUAAAAUGUAAACUGAAUGAAAAAGGUUAUGUACAUUUUUGUACGUGACUGUAUUUUGUAUAAACUUAAAUAAAAUAUUUUGAACUGUG